GGUUCCUUGUCAAUUUUUCCCCAAUUCCUGUAAUUUCCCCCACGAAGGAAGCUCCUUUCGUUAUCAUCCAUGGCAGAUCGGACCAGCAACAGCAAUAACAGUAACACGACGGCUGCCGUAGUCAAACCGAUAUGGAUGAAACAAGCCGAAGAAGCCAAGCUGAAGAAUGAAGCCGAGAAAGCAGCAGCCGCUAAAGCCGCCUUCGAAGCCACCUUCAACAAAAAUUCCCAACCAACGGAGCAUCCACAAUCGCCUUUCGCCGUGUCGUUGUCUGAUUCGGAUUCUGAGGAAAUAUCUCAGGAUAAUAACCGGCCGGCGGGGCCGGUGGACCCUGCGAAGUGCACGGCGCAAGGUGCGGGUAUUGCUGGCGGGUCGGCUUGUGUGGGAGCCACUUUUAUUGUGGUAACGAAGGAUGCGGAGGGAAGGAAGGUAACGAGGGGCGGGGCAGAGGUGAAGGUGCGGGUGGUGCCCGGGGUUGGAGUUGGGGGUUCGGAGCAGGACGGGAUUGUGAAAGAUAUGGGAGAUGGGACUUACACUGCCACUUAUGUGGUGUCGAAGAGAGGGAAUUACAUGGUGAAUGUGGAGUGCAACGGGAAGGCUAUCAUGGGCAGCCCCUUUCCUGUCUUCUUCAGCUCAGGAACUCCCACAGGAGGGCUUCUAGGCAUGGCUCCAGCAGCUUCAUUUCCAAAUUUAGUCAAUCAAACAAUGCCAAACAUGCCAAAUUAUUUGGGUUCUGUGUCUGGUGCUUUUCCUGGAUUGCUUGGAAUGAUUCCUGGUGUUGUUACUGGAGCUUCAGGUGGUGCUGUUUUGCCUGGAAUUGGGGCAUCUCUGGGGGAAGUUUGUCGUGAUUACCUUAAUGGACAGUGUGCUAAAACUGGUUGUAAGUUCAAUCACCCCCCUCACAAUCUGUUGAUGACUGCUUUAGCUGCGACCAGCACGAUGGGAACUCUCAGCCAAGUGCCUAUGGCACCUUCUGCUGCUGCAAUGGCUGCUGCUCAGGCAAUUGUUGCUGCUCAAGCCCUUCAAGCCCAUGCAGCUCAGGCCCAUGCUCAAGCUCACUCCACAAAAAGCUCUUCUGGAUCAGCUGAAAAGGAGGAAAAGGCUGAAUCCCUGAAAAAAACUGUGCAAGUUAGCAAUCUCAGCCCACUUCUAACAGUGGAUCAAUUGAAACAGCUUUUUGGUUUUUCUGGCACAGUUGUUGACUGUACUAUCACUGAUUCAAAACAUUUUGCUUACAUAGAAUACUCAAAACCAGAAGAAGCAACUGCUGCUUUGGCAUUGAACAAUAUAGAAGUUGGGGGACGUCCAUUGAAUGUUGAAAUGGCAAAAUCACUUCCUCCAAAGCCUGUUAUGAAUUCGCAAUCAUCUUUGCCUAUGGUGAUGCAGCAAGCUGUUGCCAUGCAACAGAUGCAAUUUCAGCAAGCACUAUUAAUGCAGCAGACCUUGACUGCACAGCAGGCAGCUAAUCGAGCAGCAACCAUGAAGUCUGCAACCGAUUUAGCGGCAGCUAGGGCUGCAGAAAUAAGUAAGAAGUUGCAACCUGAUGGAAUUGUUGCCGGGGAAAAGGAAUCAGAUCGAAAAUCUAGGUCACCGUCUGCUGAUCAUGCAAGGUCAAGAUCCAAGUCAAAAUCUCCUUUCGGUAAUCAUAGAAGACGUAGGUCACGCUCUUUCUCACCACCACCCCGCCGAGCCAGAGAUUCUAGAUCUAGAUCACCAGUAAGAUCUCACCAUUACUCUAGCUAUGAAAAAGAUAGGAGAUCCUUCAGGGAUGGUAAGGAUGGCAGUGAUAGAAGGAAAUGGCAUGAAUCAGGUAGACCGUACAAUCGCCGCUCGCCUGUUUCCAGGAGAUAUAGGAGUAGGAGCGUGAGCCCUCAAACUAAGAAGGCAUAUCGAGACGAUUCGGAGUCACCACCACGCCGUCGAGAAAGUCCAACAGAGAGGACAAGGAAAUCAGCUCGUGUUGAUUCAAGAUCUCCUCGACAUCACAAGAGAAGGUCACCAUCCGCACGAGAUGAUGUAAACAGACCAAAACAUAGAACACGCUCUAGGUCAAGGUCUGUCGAAGCUAAGCAUCACUCUAGUGAUAAGAUAAAUGAUAACAGAGAAGAAAAAUCCAAGCAUCAGGAGAGGAGGCGCCACAGGUCAGCUUCGAAAGAGGAUCAAAGUCAUGGACAAGGUAAAUUAUCGGGAAGAGGUUCAGAUGAAAGAAAAUCGAAACACAGAAGACGUUCCAGAUCCAGAUCUGCCGAGAAUAAAUAUCGCUCUGCUGAUAAAUUGGAUCGGCGGAGAGAGGAGAAAUUGAGACACCAUGAAAGGAGGAGAUCCAGGUCAAGGUCCACUGAAGGAAAGCGACAUAAGGCCAGUAAGACAUCUCCAAAACGGUCUGAUGAUCGUAAAUCCAAGCACCGGAAGCGAUCUAAGUCAAAAUCUGCAGAAAAUAAUCAUAAUACGAAUAAUAUUGGUCUUGGGAUAAGCAAAGAUGAAGAUCUAAGUGAGACACCUGUCAAAUCUGAAGAUGUCCAUGUGGAAAGUGAUGACAACUUGAAGAAUUCCAUGACUGUGAAGGUUGAUGAGGAUGGAGGUGAUGGAGGUCUUCAGAAGAAUUCCAAAGAAAUUGACAGCGACUUCAAGAGAACUGAGGUCCCCUGUGAUGGAAUGAAGUUGCACUGAAGAAAUAUAUGCAUCUGUGCUUUUAGAGGUCUAUGGUUUGGGAUGGUCAAUUUGUGAUCCCAGUUUCUGGAAGAAAACCGUUUCUUAAGAAUUACGCGUUCUCUUUUGGCAAUCAAGAUGAUUAAUUGGUUUGUCGCUGAUCAAAUGAUGAAAGCAUUCUUGUAUUUGUUUCUUUUGCAGGUCCUAUGGAUGGCAAAGUUUGAAGCUGAACUUGAUAUGGUUAAAACAUUCAACCUCAGAUCCAACUGUGCACUGUUUUUUGCAAACUUCUUAAUGAGCUUGAUGUAUGCUGGAUUAUAACCUCUCUAUCAGUAGGUAGAUGUUUUCUUAUUUGUCAGUCUAGUUAAGAACUUUUAUGACUGCAUGUUCUGUUAUUAUGUGAUUUUUAAUUCUACUUGGAAUUCCACCUUCUCCCUUAAGCUGGACGUUGUUGAUGUGAUAUAAUGAUUUGUCUCCUUAACAUUCUCAAUACCAUUCUUUCCUUCUUUCUCUUUUUACACUAUUCUUGAAUAACCUAAACUUUGAAGGAAGAGGAUUAUGCGAGCAUAAUUAAUGCUAAACUGAAAUUUAUCUGGAUGAAUUUAUUCCCUUGUGUAAUAUAGGUCCUUCAAUGGUUCUUACCGCUCAAUUAUGACCUAGUGGAUGAUUACUUCUGGAUUAGUGGUGUGGUUAACAUAGGUUCCACUUCCAAUUUGCAUUUAAUGGUUUUGGUAUGCCUGUGACAUUCCAUGAAGAUGCAGGUGUUUAGGCUGGUGUCUUAAUCAGAUGAAUUGGCUGGGUCAAAUUUUAACUGAUAGUUCAUAAAAGUUGUUUGGUUUAGGCAAGCUUCCCGUAAAGCUGACUGCAGCCAGAUGUUCCUGAGACGGUUUAGCAUCAUUUUUUCUCCUUGUUGAGUGUGAGCAGAAUGGCUAACUUACUGUGUCUAAUUUUUUGGUCAAAGUAAUUUGUUGUUCAUACACAGGUAAUUUUUUGUUUAAGCAUUGGUUUUUGGGCUUUUUCUUCAAAACAGUUUUACAAAAACAAGGGAGCUUCUUCAUUAUGUCGUUCAUAAAAAUAGCUAUUAUUUUCAGUACUAGUGAAUGCUAGUUUAUCUACGUGAUUUCUCAGUUUCAUCAUUCGCUGUGAUCCUGCCUAUGUAAAAUGGUUGGUUUGUUUGCAUCAAGAAUGUACGGUUGAACUUCCAGCCUCAGUAAUCAGCUACUUGUAGUUGAAACUAUGCUUGUUGUUCCCUUUUGACUGGAUAGCAUGUGAGAGCUUUUAUGUUAUAAGAAUUAUGGAAGAUUAGCCUAAACAAAGAUGGUGAUCCCCACUGUUAUGAUUUUUGAAGAUUGUUAUUUCACUUUUGACAUAACCUAUUUCCCAUUAAAGGUGGAUGCGCCGAAAAUAUUGAAUACAUGAGCAAUAAGCUAAGCUUCUCUGCUAAAUAAUAAGUUCUCAGAAUCGACUAUGUUCUGUAUUAAAUAAGUAAAGGGUAAAAAACAAUGGUAAUUAAUCAACUUAUGGCGAAAUUUCAUGUUAGUCACCUAACUUAAAUUUUGUACUGAAGUUUGCUUUUUGUUUGAGUUCAUUCACUCGGUUAAACUCCGUAGUUUUUCCAAGGGUAUGUCCUAUGUGGAAGACUUGUUUAUGCCACACUAGAUUGCUGUCUUCCACAUUGAACAUUCUGUUAUUAAACUACUGGGCUUUAAUUGACUGACUAGACUAAAAAAGGCAAACAUUAAUGUCAACUGUGGAACAAAAUUCAGUUUUGUGAGAAACAUGAAACUUGAAAAUAAAUAGUUGCUAAUGCUCAGUAAAUUUACUUGAAAAUUUUCGAUGCUCAGUAUGUGUACUUGAAAAUUUUGCUAAUGCUCAGUGUUCAAAAUUUAAUAAAUAGUUUCUAAUCUGGAAUAUAGGCAGAUCUAAUAUUGAAAUUAAGCUGAAUCUGUCAAUCUGGUUCUUCUUCGUUUGCAUUGUUCCAACUUUUGUGAAAGUCUAACGCACUGUUUUGUUUGAGGAAAUGCAUAUUUAGCCUUCAAUUAUGCUGUGUGAAGCAAUGACAUUUAUGCAUUUGGAUCAUUUAGUACUUUUCUAUUAAUUUCGGAAUUAUUAUGUUGGUGUUUCCCUAAUAGUCCCUCCUGUUUUGAGUAUGUAACAUAUCUCCCCUCCCGGAAUCAUUUCUACGCUGUUCUCUUUACAAACUGUCUCCUCCCAUCCUAUCCUGAGUAUCUAAAUAUGGACUAAAGAGAGCAGAGCUGAAUCUUGUUCCCAACCUGGAUAUGGUGGAUUUUGACCCCUUUACUAUCUCUUUAUUCUUUAAUUGUGUUUCACUUCAUUUGUUUUCUUCUUCUUCUCUCCCUCCCUCCCUCCCUCCCUCUCUUAAUUUUUUUUUAAAGGAGAAUUGGUCAAGAGGAUGUGCUGAGCAGUUGUGGGGAUUCUUGCCCUGUUUGUGGCCAAAAGUCACAACUUGGAACAAAGUACUGUUAGAUGCUCAAAUACUCGAUUAUGUUUUCAUUUCCCCCUUUGACAUCUAAUUAACUCUAAUUUAUGUUGGAAAAUUCCAACAUAAAUUAAUUGUGGCUUUUUCCCCCAAAUAUUGAACUAUAUCUAUUACUGAUUUAUGCUA